ACCGAGUAACGUUUCCCCAGGGAAGUCAUAAACGAUGUCCAGAGAGGCUCGAACCGAGCAGUUCCGAACAGUCUGUCAGUGACGGUGCUUUCGCGAACACGAUAGUCGUGCGUUCGUCUCGUAAACGUGUGUGUACCGCUUGAAAAAAAGUUGUUACACACAGCUUCUAUUGGCUCUCCUGGCAACGCGGUGUCGCCUGAAAACAAUGACUGUACGAUCGAGUGGUUAGAAGCAACAAAGAAAUUACCGGCAAACCGUUCAAAUCGUCUUUUUUUUGGCUGAUCGAGGCCAGACGGCCACGCUGCUCCUAGGAACGGCUCGACACGUAUCGAUUUCGAACAAGGCUAGCAGAACGGAGCUGCCAUCUCAGCGACUCCUCCACAUGUGGACAUCGCCGUCCCGACUCAGGAUCGGCCGAGCACCCAGGAAAAAGACGACACCUUAAGCUGAUAGCUGCUGCAGCGGCUACCGCGACCGGUGAACGAUGGAGAAUACCAAGAGGAAGCUGUCUUUCCUUGGUUUUGGCAAGAGGGUAUCGGUCGACGGUCAUGGCGCGGAAGCGGGAUCGGAACUCGACGAGGAGAUGGAGAAGGUUUUCGCGAUGGACAACGGAGAAAAGUUCGACGUAGCCCGACUCGGUUCACCUUCCGAAUCGGCUGGAUCCGAUCGAGAACGAGAACGAGGACCACCAUCGCGAUAUGGAGAUCGCGACUUCAAUCAGCAUCGCAAAAGAAGUUACCCUCAUCCGCACAUGCCCUUGAAAAGUCUUCAUUCCAGGUCUAUGCGACGACAUCUUUCACCCGAAGGAUCCACAACGGAAGUCGGGCCAGAAGAGGAGAACGGUCAAGUGGUAACGGGAAAUGGCGGUGGACAGGAAUCAGACACGAUGGACAACAACGGGUUGUCUUCGACCUCUGUGCAGAACGUGGAUGAGGAGACCACCGAGGAGAUGGAGAACGUUGUCAGCAGCGAGAGCGAGGCACCGAUUUCAGAGAGGGCUGCGUCCUGUUUCAGCGACAGCCCCACCGUCGGUAGCCCUCGGGUACAGUUCGAGAAUAUCAAGGAAGAGGAGGUGCCAACUUUCAAGAAGGACGAGGUACCGACCGUGGGUGUACCCGUGAAUCACGACGAAGAUCGAAAAUGUCGAAGGCACCAAAAACACGAGCACAAAAGACAUCAUCACAAAUCGCGGAAGUACUCGCUCCAGGAGGACCCGCAAUGGAGGAAGCGAUCGGGAGCUGGCCUCCCGGAUGGCUCGAGCGUGUCCACCAGAAGGGUGAGCGUGCAACCGGAAGAGGCGAGCACUCUACAGGAACUGGACAUCGACGACCUGGAGUCGCACAGGAGCGACGAUCCGCGAGGGAUGAGACGGCACAAAGCGGCUCAUUCGACGGUGCAGAUCGGUCGCAGAAAAGAAGGUGGUAUCCCGCACGACACCUUCAGAAAGAUGUACGACCAUUCGCCUCACGAGUUGUUCGUUCAACUGGACGAGCUGUACGGGAUCGGCGAGGAGAGAGAAUGGAGAGAAACGGCUCGAUGGAUCAAAUACGAGGAGGACGUCGAGCAAGGCGCGGACAGAUGGGGCAGGCCCCACGUAGCCUCCUUGAGCUUCCACUCCUUGUUGAAUCUCCGUAAAUGUCUCGAGACCGGUGUUGUUCUCUUGGAUCUCGAGGAGAGAGACCUGCCUGGUCUAGCGUACAGGGUGGUGGAGCAGAUGGUGGUCGAGGAACUGAUUCUUGCCGAGGACAGGCCUGUGGUGAUGAGAGCUCUGCUCCUCAGACACAGACAUGUCCACGAUCACGAUCGUGGCUUCCGAUUUAGCGGGAAACGCAACUAUUCCAGCUACACCAGUCUGCAGUCCGUCUGUCUGGAGGAAGAAGACGCUGCGCGGGAAGCCUCUGAGAACCAUGUAACCCAACAUAACCUGCACGACACGAAACCAAAGAUCGUGUCAUCGAACUUGGCUUUGGACAGUAACCACACGGUGGUCGAUAUGAAGGAGGAACUGACCUAUACCAGCAGCAACGAAGACCUGAAAAAGAGUCACAACGAUUACAUACUGAAGAGGAUCCCGGCUGGUGCCGAGGCGACAGUCGUGCUGGUCGGCGCGGUGGAUUUUCUAGACCAGCCGACGAUCGCUUUCGUCAGACUCGCCGAGGGAGUGUUCAUUCCAUCGAUUACGGAAGUUACUAUACCAGUAAGAUUCAUGUUCACCUUACUGGGGCCAAGGAAUGCUGAUCUAGAUUAUCACGAAAUCGGUAGAUCGAUCGCCACCUUAAUGGCCAAUACGUCGUUCCAUAAAAUCGCGUACAAAGCAAACGAGAGACGCGAGCUUCUAUCAGCGAUCAAUGAGUUCCUGGACGACUCGAUCGUUCUACCACCUGGUGAUUGGGAGAGGCAAGCGUUAUUGCCGUUCAGCGAGUUGAAGGCCAAGAGCGAGGCCAUCAGGAAGAGGAAGGCCAAAGCGCUGGAAGAGAAGAGUAAACCGAUUCAGAGCGAGGCGGCUGUCAAGAAAGCUCUUCUUGCUGGAGAAGAAGAGAAAAGACCUCCCGACGACGGUGACCCACUGCGAAGAACCAAGCGUCCGUUUGGUUGUCUCAUCAACGACAUCAAGAGACGUUAUCCUUUCUAUCUGUCUGACUUCACCGAUGGAUUAAGUUCAUCUUGCUUGGCCGCGGCCAUUUUCAUGUACUUUGCUGCUCUUUGUACGGCCAUUACUUUCGGUGGUUUGAUGAGCGACAAGACUCAUAAUAUUAUUGGUAUAUCUGAGACCCUGAUCUCUGGCUCCUGGACCGGUGUGGUGAUGGCCUUAUUCUCCACUCAACCUCUGGUGAUCAUAGGCACGACUGGUCCAUUGUUGCUCUUCGACGAAAGUUUGUAUAACUUUUGCUUAGCGAACGAGCUCGAGUUCUUAACCGUGAGAGUCUAUGUUGGUGCGUGGAUGGGGAUCAUUGCCUUGGCAAUCGCCUGCGUGGAGGGAUCCGUGCUGGUCAGGCUCUUCACCCGUUUUACCGAAGAAAUCUUCACAGGCUUGAUUUCCCUUCUCUACAUCGUUGAAACGUUCAUCAAGUUGUAUAAUUACUUUGUGAAAAACCCACUGCUCGAAGAGUACAGCUUCAUCCCCGAGACAAAUGAAACGUUUUAUUAUUAUGAGCAGCCGCUGAAUGUAACAGAGAUCAAAGCCGUUUCUCCAAAGACCGGUCAAAUAAUUGGCAUUCCGUUAAAUAAACCUCAGACUUUCAUACCGGGACAUAACGAUGCUGGGAUAUUGAUCAACCAACCGAAUACCGCCUUAAUGUGCACCAUUUUGUGUCUUGGUACUUUCCUCGGUGCUUAUUACUUGCGUAUCUUCCGCAACAGUCACUACCUCGGGCGGAGUGCCAGAAGAGCCUUUGGUGACUUUGGUGUGCCUAUCAGUAUUGUCGUAUUCGCAUUGAUCGAUUUCGUGGCCAAGGUGAAAACAGAAAAGUUAUUGGUUCCGGAAGGUCUAACUCCAACUCUACCUGGUAGAAGCUGGAUCGUAUCACCGGCUGGGGUACACAAACCUAUUCCUCUAUGGAUGACCGUGGCUUGCAUCGUGCCAGCCUUGCUAGUUUAUAUACUAGUUUUCAUGGAAACUCAAAUCUCCGAGCUAAUUAUUGAUAAAAAAGAACGAAAAUUACGCAAGGGUAACGGCUAUCAUAUGGAUAUAGUGGUAGUGUGCUUGAUGAACGUUGGCUGUGGUUUAAUGGGCGCCCCGUGGUGCAGCGCUGCCUCGGUUCGAUCACUGACACACGUCUCAGCGGUGACAGUUAUGUCCCGUACUCAUGCUCCCGGAGAUAAACCGCACAUCGUCGAAGUAAAAGAGCAAAGAGUGAGUGCUUUAUUGGUCGCCGUGUUGAUCGGCAUUAGCGUGUUGAUGGCACCGCUUCUAAGACGCGUACCAAUGUCCGUCCUCCUGGGGGUGUUUCUCUACAUGGGUAUCUCCUCCACGAAUGGUGUCCAACUGUUCGAUCGAGUGAAGCUGUUCUUCAUGCCGGUAAAACACCACGGCUCGGCCAAUUACGUUCGACGUGUGCAAACAUACAAGAUGCACAUCUUCACCCUCAUACAAAUUCUGUGCCUGGCCAUACUGUGGAUCGUAAAGAGUACCAGAGCGGCCUUGGCGCUUCCGUUCUUCCUGAUUCUCAUGAUACCUCUACGAGCUCAGAUGAGCCACUUUUUUACCGCCGCAGAGCUACGGGCACUCGACAGCAAAGGAUCGGAACACGAGAGUACCGAAGAUGAGCCAGAUUUUUACGAGGAAGCUCCGUUACCUGGUUAGAUAGUGCCUUAUUCGACUUAUCCGAAAAAUACCUCUCCUAUCCCCCCCCC